AUGGCGCGUCGCGUAUGUCAGAUGCCAUUUCGGGCGGCAACUGUGAUUGCCGCUGUUUCCUUCGCUGCUGCCAUAGGUGAGGCCUUUGUCUCAUCUGGUCCAGUGACUUCGAAUGCACUUCACAGCCCCGGCAUGCUGAGCAUCCAGGCGCCAGUGGUAGCGCGCUCGCGGGCCCAAGACUCGGCAUCGCUGUGGAAGGCAGGCGCCUCCCUCGCUCUGCUGGGACUUGCUGUCGGCCUACGCCCCAAACCCCGACAAGCCAAGACUCACGUGGUGAAGCUAGCUUGUGCUUCGACCACCUUCUUCGAGCAGCCGCGCGUGACGGAGAUUGCGAAGGAGAUCCCAACUGUGACCAACCUCAUUGAUGUGACCGAGCACAAGCUGGAACAGCCACGGUCAUGCAUGGAGGCCCAGGAGGUGCCUACGAUCGGUUCGGAGUCCUGCACGCGGCGGCCAACUCUGCACGCCGCUCGCUGCGCAGGCAGCAGCCGCUUCGCCGGUGCCCGCGGUAGCCGGCCACGGCAUGCUCGCGCAGACCGCAGUGCCCGCCGUGCGGUUGGGCAACGCUUGGUGGAGAGGCCCAUGCCAGUGGUGGUGCCGCGAUCCUUCGAUGCGAGCUCCGUGCGCUCAAAGAUCCAGCAGGGCCUUCGCAUCCCACAGUCCCUCCGUUGCGGCGCCCGCUCCACGCAAGCCACCCACGUGUGCGGCUCACGCACGCGCGGCAGCAUCAUUGAAGUAGAACAUGUUCUACAACAAGCAUACGACAAUAGUUUCGAACCAGCAAUCUACAAGAUGCUUUCGUGCAGCCGGUUUCGGACGUCUGGCUUGAGCCGACGUUUGAUUCUACUUGCGCGGUUCGUCGGUUGGGAGAUGAUGCUGUGCAGCUGCAGCUGGACCCAAACUGUUAAUUUACAUGGGUAG